AUGGUUUCGAGGUGGAAACCCCGAUGGCCCGCGGCGUGCCAGUGUGCGUGCGCAAGUCGGGGGCUCGCGUACGCCUCGACCACCGUCGCCAUACGCGCUCGGAAUUCGAACUCUAAACAAAUCCUGUCACCGCCAGCCGGUGCCGGUACAGCCGCUUCCAUUGCGGUGAAGAUAUCGCCGCUGUCAAUUCAAAGAACUGACUUUGUGCAACAAUAUGUGUAUUUUAUGUUUAUGAUAGUAGACCAGUCC